AUGACCAAAGUCGAAAUCACCGGCGAGCCGGCCGACCCCGAGUCGUAUUACACACAGUACGCACAGCAGUACCAGACCGAGCCUCAGCGGCAGCAGAAAAGCACUUCUGUUCCGUACUAUGAUCCCCAAGUCAACGACAACAGCCAUGGCGGCGACAACAAGAGCACCUCCGGCAGCACCUUGAAAAUGACCAACGCCGCAUACUAUCGCUCCGGCCUCGCCAGCCGGCUAGCCGCCAUCGGUGCCCGCGCCGCCUCGCCCAUCAACAUGCUUGCAAACCGAGUGGGCUCUGAAGGUUUCUUGCCGGAGACCAUGUACAAGGAGUGCGAGAAAGCAGCGCGCAUUCUGCAGGGAUUUUCUGACCAGCUGACCCUGACCCGCAUGUCGUCAGCCUCGUCGUCGGCAUCCGCUCACUCCAAGAAUGGAGAGAAGGAGCAGAUCGUACCGCGCCGCUCCCUCAUCCACAUCCCCCCUUCGGUCCUUCAGCGUGCCGUUGGCCUUGCCGUCUUUACCACUGGCCGCAUCGGCAUGCACGUCUCCGGUGCCACUGGCUCGGGUGUCCUGAUCGCCCGCCGGCCCGACGGCAGCUGGUCCCCGCCAUCGGGCAUCCAGGUCCACGCUGUGGGCGCCGGCUUUAUCUUCGGCGCCGACAUUUACGACUGUGUGCUCGUGCUCAACACGCAGGAGGCCCUCGACGCGUUUUGCGGAAACACGCGGCUGUCGCUGGGGUCGAGUCUGGGCGUGACAGCGGGGCCAUACGGUGUCGGCGGUGGCUUCAAUGUGGCGACGACGCCCUGCCCGCCCAAAACAGGCGCUGCUGUCGACGGUGGCCCGUCCGCGUCUGGUGCCUCUAGUUCCAACGGGGCCAAGAACACCGUCCGCCAAACCAUGGACCGCGCCGCCUUCUCGUACAUCAAGUCCCGCGGCAUCUACGCCGGCAUCAAGGUCGACGGCACCGUCGUGACGUCGCGGCAAUCGGCCAAUGCGUCCUUUUACGGCGCACCCGUGACCGUGCGCCAGAUCUUGCGCGGGGACGUUCCUGCUGGCCAGUGGCAGGCUGCGGCUCAGGUUCUGCUGGACGCUGUGCGGGUGGCCGAAAUGCACGCCCGGCCGCAGCAGCCGCAGCCCUAUUACCCCCAACAGUACCCGCAGCAGCCUGGCCAAGCGUACCCUCAACAGUGGUAUGCCCCAGGGCCGUCGGCGUCGUGGGCCGCACCGCCUGCCCAGCCGCCUACCGUGCCGUCGCCAACUGCCCAGCCGAGCAAGGCCGCUGCUACUCCAGUUGUGUCGCCUAAUACAACGGCAACACCGGCAACACCAGUGGCACCGGAUGCCCGUACCAAAGAGCAGGAGGCAGCCGAUGAAGCGGCGGCGUCUGCGGGCGUUCCGCCACCGACAUACUCUACGGUCGACGAGCCGUCAGCGCGGAACAACGUGUCGCCCGUGGUCGCCGAUGAGGAUGUGCCGCCUGCAUAUGCUGACCAAGGCCAGGUGCAUCCUGGUACUAGUGACUCCAAGGGGGAGCAUUAG